AUGAAGGCAGCUACUUUUCUUAUGGCUGCGGCCAUGAUUUCGAUUUCCGCUAAUACUGUGAAUGCCUACUCUGGGUCUUGGAAUAUCAUCGGAAACAGCAGCACUGUGUGUAUUAUUUUGGCUCUACUUCCUGGAAACAGGCUUUUAUGUACAGAACGGCCUCAUGUCACUCCCUAUGUUCGAAAUCCCUAUACUUUUGACCCUGUGUCUGGAAAUGGAGAACUUACUUGUGAAUUGGACUUGAACGUCUAUCCAUUGGUUUCCACAUUGACUCACAUUCCAACGUCGCCGUUUUGUGGUGGACCAGUACAAAUGGCCGAUGGAAGUGUAAUAAUUGCUGGCGGGGAUUAUUCCACCAUCAACAAUGCCUUCACAAACGCAAUCUAUGUCGGAAACGGACUCAACACUGUACGAAGAUAUCACGCCAGCUGUGACUCUCCAUCAGGUGGACCACCAUGUCCUGUCGGAUACUGGGAACCAAUGUUUGAAAUGGCCACAUCUAGAUGGUAUCCUACAGCAAUUUCUUUGCCAGAUGGAAGUGCCAUGAUUGUUGGAGGUGUAAACACUAACUUGGACUUGCACCACGUUAAUGCUUCAACAAACUCGCCUUCCUACGAAUAUACAAGUCAGAAACCGACUGGAGCAAUUAGUCUGACAAACUUGAAUACAACCUUUCCAUUCAAUACCUUCCCAGCUUCAUUCUUGUUACCAUCUGGCAGAGUCUUUGUUCACUCAGGAACCGACAGCUCUUUGAUAACUCCCAGCACCGAUACGGUGGAUUAUGCAACAAUACCCAGACUCGAUCCUGAUAAUGUCCGACCGUUAAUCUAUCCCUACUCUCCUACCAUGGUCAUACUACCAAUGACAAUUGCUAAUAAUUACUCAUUUACUGCCAUGCUUUGUGGUGGUGUCAAACGAGCCAAUAGCUCUGUUGCAGAAUAUGUUCCAGAUGAUAACGAUCUGUAUGCUAAUGAAGCCUGCUGGACAAUCCAACCAGACAGCCCAAACCCAACAUGGACCAAAGUAGAUCCACUCCCACAAGGGCGUGUAAUGCCAGACGCAGUGCUAAUGCCCGAUGGUAAAAUAGCCUACCUGAACGGCGGUGCUUACGGAUACGCAGGUGGAUCAGCCGGAUUUGGUGUCGCUCGUUACCCAGUGCACGGAAUCGACAUUUUCGAUCCACUACAACCCUCUGGUUCAAGAUGGACUCGAGGACCUAAUGCUACUGUAGACAGAUUGUAUCAUUCUACUGCCGUCCUGAUGCCUGAUGGACGUGUUGUCGCUGCAGGUAGUGAAGAACAAAACUGGAAUGAUGUCUACCAGUUUGGAAUUCAGAAUAUUACUGCUGACGGUGAAAUCUAUUCUAAUUGUGCCUUUUAUGUUAAUUGUACUGAUCCUUUCGAGUACCGAAUUGAAGCCUAUUCUCCAGCCUACCUGGAUCCACGCUUCUUAUCCAGCAACACACCAGCACCUGUAAUCACAUCGGCUCCAAAAAUCAUAACCCAUGGUUCAACCUUCUAUAUCGGCCUGUCCACGAAUCCAUUUGAUGUCAACAUGGUGUCCUUUAUCAGAUACUCGGCUGUUACCCAUAAUACAAACACGGACCAGCGCUUCAUAGAGCUAAGAAUCCUCUCCAAAAACGGCACACACAUACAAGUGCAGCUGCCCUCAAACCCAAACCUGGCACCACCGGGUAACUGGAUGUUGUUUUGUCUAAGCAGUGGGCGACCCGGUGUAGCCGCUACCGUUCUGUUACAAACUGGAUCUCCUCAAUUGGUUGCCGCUUUACAGUAUAGCAGGUCUAUACGGCUUGACGCCAGUAUCAUCUCGACAGUGUCGUUGGUAUUGGCCUCAUUAGCUUACCUCAUGAUAUAG